AUGCUAUUUCUUCUAUCUCUUUCAAACAGCUACGUAUUUGAUUUUCAGCCAAAAGUAUCUGACGAAUACGCUACUUUAUUGCGCCCCUAUAGCGGUCGCAUUUCAAUCUUUAAUCACAAACGUGAUAAUCUCGAAAAAGAUUAUUCAACAACUGAUCUCAAUUCCAUUGUUGAUCAAAUAUCCAAUGAUUUCCAUCUCGAAAAUGAAAGAGUUGCUUUUUAUUUUGGACGUACAAAACAUGCAAAAUUAUCCAAACAAGUUUUCUAUAGGAUUGAUUUUAAUCAAAGAGAUAGGAUGGCAAGAUCCGUAUACCUUGCUGGCACUGUAUUUAAAGUCACUAAAGAAAAUGGUGUUUAUAAUAUUAAAUGCCGUCAAGCAAGAAUAACAGGUUCUCUUCAAGCAAUAUUUUCUGCUAGAAAAGGAGAUUUAAUUCCAAAUGAUGAACCUCGAUGGGUUAUUUCAGCCUAUCAGCAAUUGACGGGAGAACAAAUUACUCAGGUCUACAAUUUAAUGUACAAGCAGAUUGAAGGCCAACUCAAUGCCUAUAAAUCCAUUUAA